AUGGGCAAGAAGGGCAAAGGCAGCCGGCUGGCGCGCAUGACGGAGGAGGAGCGCGCGCGCUACAUGCAGCACCGCGCCGCGCUCGAGGAGGAGGCGCGCCGUCGCAAGCAACAGUUGGUGGCGACCUUCAUGCGCAACAAGCUGCGCCACGAGGACGCCUUCACGCGCCUCAACGCCGCCAAGAUCAACCAGCAGUGGCGCGCGCUGCUGCGCCAGGCCAAGGCGCACGAGCUGCACACGGAGCUGCGCGCCGCCAGGGACGCCUUCCAGGGGACGCUCGCGCGCCAGGACGAGACAGUGCGCCAGCUGCAGGCUGAUCUGCGCACCGCCGAGGCGCAGUACGCUCGCGGCCUGCAGUCGCACGCCACCGCGCUGAUGGCGGAGCUGGAGGGGAUGGUGGCGGGCGGCGACUGGGCGAUGGAGCGGCUGUGGCGGCAGCUGCGCCAGACGCUGCGCGGCUACGCCUCCGCCACCGACGACCGCCGCGUGCAGUUGGUGCACCUGCUGCAGCGCGACGCCGACGACGCCCAGGCCGUGCGCGCCAUCGACCAGCGCGCCUCGCAGCUCGAG